CCACCACAUCUACGCGCUCGAGACAGAUCCACGGAAUGCCAGCGGUCUAUAGAUGUUGGUGUAGCGGUCGGUGUGUGGAUUUGUCUGAUUGAACCAUUAGAGUUGAGUAACUUUUCAGAAUGCACGUCUGUUUACAUUGCGCCGAGGAAUGGACGCACUUCUGAAGUGAAUGUCAAUGGAGAAUGUUCACGGUGCUUGCUGGCGUCGCGGUAUGGAUGCGUUCCUGCUCUACCUUCUUCUGCUAAUUGGAAUUGCGAAGGGAUCAAAUUAUGGCUACGUGGAAUGGUCUGAGAGCGACAAAGAUCUCGAAAUUAAGGCUAAAUAUCCUGUUUACAGCACCAGCGAGACGACGUACCAGCAGCCGACCAUCUCCAGCACCGAGCGACCGGCGGUGGCGCAUAAGCUCGAGGAGGAUCUUCCGCGGGUGGUCACCGCUUUCCUCCACACCGGAGACUCAUCCACCCUGGAGCAUGUCAACUGCUCGCGGCGGUAUGAGCUGAGCAGUCUUCGCGGUGGAGCUCACGCCGCCUCGCACUCCUCCCUCCAAGGCGUGCUCGACACCGUGGCACAAGCCACCAACUUCCUAAACAUGCUCCUGCAGUCCAAUACCUCCAAGGAGCAGCAUCUGAGGAUGGAUAUCCAGUGGUACCACGCGCUGGUGUCGAGUAUGUUGGAAGGGAAUCCUAAAAUCCACCGGGCAGUGGUCACAUUUCACAUGGAGUCUCCUGAGGCGCCUGGUCCUCAGGUGUUUCUCCAGGCGACCAGAGGAGAGGAGCGCAUCGUGCUUAAAGAUCUGUCCACCACCGCGCGCCAUCGCCUUAAAAAUAGGACUUCUGAGUCCGACUGGUACAACGUGUUUCGGGACCGAAAAAAACACCAGCGGCUGGUCAAAAGUCGAGCUUUUCCAGCAGCGCAUGGCGGAUAUUUUCUUGACAAAAGUCAUAUCAAGUGGUCCUCGCCUUAUCUAGAGUGCGAGCACGGCAGGUUUGUGCCGCACUGGCUUUUAACGAUUUCCGCUGGCUUCUAUGGCUUGAAGAACAAGACAGCGCCUGAGUUUAGAGGAGUGGUACGUGUGGAUGUAAAUCUCCAGGAUGUGGACAUCGACCAGUGCUCCAACAGUGGCUGGUUUGCAGGAACUCACCGCUGUAACUUGACAUCUAUGGAGUGUAACCCAAUUGUGGGCCAUGGAUUUGUGCUGGACAAAUACAAGUGCCAAUGCAAGAGAGGUUUCUACUACCCAAGCCGAGUAGAACUCAAUGGCGUCUCAAAAACAGACCUGGGAACGUACACUGAUGAAUCAUGGGAAUUGUCUGGGAGAUGUUUGCCCUGUCGAGAAGGCUGUGAGUUCUGCCGGGAUGACACGCCAUGUCUGGCUCAAGAGGACACGGCCCUGCGACUGGCCAUGGUCUCCUUCCAGGGGUUCUGCAUGCUCUUGGACUUCAUCAGCAUGGUGGUUGUCUACCACUUUCGACACAACAAGAGAAUCAAAGCAUCUGGUCUUAUACUUCUUGAAGCAAUUCUUUCAGGAUCUGUACUUCUCUACUUUCCAGUAAUGAUACAGUAUUUGAAUCCAAGUGUAUUCCGGUGUAUUCUCCUGAGAUGGGUCCGUUUGCUUGGAUUUGCCAUCGUCUAUGGAACAGUGAUUCUCAAACUGUACAGGGUUUUAAAGGUGUUUCUGUCACGAACGGCCCAGCGGAUCCCUUACAUGACCAGCUGGAGGGUUCUGCGUCUGCUUGCUGUGAUUUUGCUGGUGGUCAUAUGGUUCCUGGCCGCGUGGACCUCUGCCGUAUGCCAGAACCACAACACACGUCAUGCCCUCAUUGACAUUGGUGUCACUCCAGAGGGCCUGCAGUUCAGCAUGUGCCUACUGGACAGCUGGGACUACAUGAUGGCUGCGGCGGAGUUCCUGUUCCUGCUGUGGGGUGUCUAUUUGUGCUACGCUGUAAGGACUGUGCCCUCUGCUUUCCACGAGCCUCGCUACUUGGCAGUGGCCAUUUAUAAUGAACUCCUCAUCUCUGCGAUAUUUCACAUCAUUAGGUUCUCUCUUGGCACUGGGUUGCACCCAGAUUGGAUGCUAAUGUUAUUUUUCGUCCAUACACACCUUACGGUGACCGUAACUCUGGGAUUGCUUCUCAUUCCAAAGUUUUUGUUCACUGGAACUCAUGCACGGGAGGAUAUAGCCACAGAGGCUUAUGAAGAUGAGCUGGAUAUGGGUCACUCGGGUUCCUGUCUGAACAGUAGCAUAACGUCGGCCUGGAGUGAGCACAGUCUGGAUCCUGAGGACAUUAGAGAGGAGCUGAAGAAGCUCUAUUCCCAACUGGAGAUCUAUAAAAGAAAGAAGAUGCUGGCCAAUAAUCCUCACUUACAGAAAAAACGCAGUUCCAAGAGGGGGCUUGGCCGGACACUUAUGCGGCGUAUCACAGAAAUACCUGAAACUGUGAGUCGCCAGUAUAGCCGGGAAGAUAGGGAUGGCAGUGACCAUGGGAGUAACAGAAGUACAUUGAGGAGAAACCCCUUUGACCCAUCUCACGCUGGCAAGUCAAGGGAAGAAUCUCUGAAGAGCAAGAUGUUCUCACUCAAGAGAUCUCAUAGCUACGAUCAUACACACGACCAAGGUGGACAAACCAAUGGGGUGCCUGGAGACAAAAUGGAGAAUUCCACAACUGAGGCAUCUCUGCUUGACACCUUGAUGGGGAGGAGGUCCAACAAGAAGAACCCUGAGGUACCAAAGGUGGAGUUAACCGAAUCUACAGAAUCAGUGCCAUUAGUGUGCAAAUCCGCCAGUGCGCAUAACCUAGCAGCAGAAAAAAAGCCUGUACAUCUUCGGACCUCAAUGUUGCAGAAGUCACUCUCUGUCAUUGCUAGUGCCAGAGAAAAGACACUAGGCAUUGCAGGGAAGACUCACAGUGUGGAAGACGCCAAUAAGAAGGCUCUCAAAGCAAGGGAAGGCACAGCACUUUCAGAGGUUGAUGAAUCCCCUGAGUGUUUACCAAAAAUGAUCAUCAGCCAAUCGGUUGAGUACACCAAAACGCCUAGUAAGAUGGGUAUCAUGAAGCAGCAAGUGAGCGGCAGUCAGCCCUCCAUUUGUUCAGAACCAGGGAAGAGCAAGGACCUUUACGACCUCUCUGAGGUCUGCCCUUGGGAAGUGGAGGAGUUACCAACUCCAUCAGAAGGCAAGUCCCAGAAGCAUGUUUCCAUUGCCCCCAAUGAAACCACCACAAUUCACGACAGCAGUGCAAAAAGUGGACACAAGUCUCAACACAAACAAAAAGGCUUGGGCCAAUCUCCGUCAAAUCGCCAUCGCUCCAGAGAUAAGACUGGGGAAAGGGAUGAAGGGAGAAAACCCAAAUCCCCUCUCAAUCUCACUACUCACAAAGAUGCAAGUGUGUGGAACUUUGAGGAUCCAUCGCUCCAAGCAAUGGACACUGCGGGACUGUCCCCUGAGAGAAUCAGUCGCAAGAAAAGUGUCACCCCAACAGACGGAAAGCCCAAGAUUUUCCUCUCAGAUAUCUCCAAGUCCACUGGAAGCCUUUUGCAACCUCCAGCUCUCAUGGUGGAUAUCUGCCCUUGGGAUUAUGAUCCUCCCCUGUCCCCCAACCAAGACAAAAUAUAUAGCCCCACACAUCAUUCAAAGAGAAGAGAUUCUUCCUCAAAAAGAAAAGGAUGCUCUUCUAAAGAGAAAGCUUUGAAGCAUAAAGAGGAUGACAAACGAAGCUCUAAAAGUAAGGAGCGGAGAAGCUCCUCGAGCAGAACCUCUGAAAAACGACGUACAAGCCAAUCAUCAGAGGGUGAUCAAGCUGCAAUGGUGGCAUCCGGCAGGAGGAGGAGCUCGACUAGAGACACCUCUUUCAGCAGCAGUAAGCGUACUGAAGUUUGCCCCUGGGAGACAGAGGCACUAUCAAGUGUUACCCCACAUGAUAAAGAUCCUCCAUCGACUGAAAACCACACAACCCAAACACCACCCACUUACCUCAACAUGGCUGACGUUUGUCCAUGGGACUAUGAUGAGAAGUCAGGAAAAAGUGCAUGACACUACACUCACAAUAUUAGACCAUUUCAGCAAGGUUUCUGAGAUGGCAGAUUCCAUAUUUAAAAAUUAAGACCCGUUCACACCAAGAGAGUUAACUCUAAUGAUAAUUUAAUUAAGUCCACACUGCAGUUAUGUUGUCUACUGCUUAAGUACUCAAGGUCCUUAAAAAGGGAAAUCUGAUUGGCUGUCAGUGUUUUUAUCAGUCUGCAGCUGAAAUCUUUUUUUUUUCCUGAAAGUGAUUGCAGUUAUAUAAAUCCUCUGUGUCAAUAUUGUUAUGACUGUAGUGUGACUUUGUUAUUCUCAUAAAAUUAGAACAGUCUAUUGUUAUAGUUAUUGUACUUGGUGUAAACGGGCCUUUAUCCCUUUCUUCAUGCCUGUUAAGUUCUUUUAUGUGACAUCUUUUAUUUUAUUUGUUAAUUGUUUUUUUUUUGAUAAUUCAGUGGCUCUCCUAAUGGCACAUUUUAAUUAGGAUGUUGAAACAACAGUUCCAUACUGAAUUAGAAUUCCAACAAUAUUUUUGAUGAAUGUUUUGUUACUAAGAACCAGAGACCUCAAAAGGAAAAUAAAUGAGAUAAAAAAUAAAUGUAUUAGAAAAAAUUAAUAAUGAAGUAAUUAAAAUACCACAAUGGGAUUACAGUUUAAUCAAUUUUAAAAAUAGUUUUUAAGGUUCAUACAGAACUCAAGCCCCACCCAUUUACUGUGCGUGCAGACUCGGGAAAAUUUGAACCCCCGACCCUGCCCAAAAACACUAGAAAGAAAAAGAGGAAGACAAACUCUCUAGCAGAUCUCAGUUGAAUCAUGUCACAAAGACGCUGUGCUCUGAAGUGUGAGGGAAAGUUAGUGUUAUUUUCCCUACUAGUCAGUUAUAGGGGUCAGUGGUUGAAGUAAUUUUUGCAAAAAUACCUCAGCAUUAUAGCCCCAGCCUUGUUUUUACAGAAUUGAAAUUACAGGUGUUUUCCGGUAGAAAUAACAAAACGGUAGGGUGGCGGGAGAUGGAUCUGAAAUACGGGACACUCCCGGGAAAAACGGGAGUGUUGGCUGGUAUGCUCACAUAUAAACUCUGCACUCUGACUUUUUCAAAAUUCUCAUUGGUGCCAUGGUGGGCAUUUCUCUCUGUCUCGCGCUUCAUGCAGGCGACCAAUCACAACAGACUUGGUCAUCGGACCAAUCAGUGCAGAUUAGCAUAGCGCUAAAGAGAGAUUUGGAAACAAAUGAACUGCUGAACAAAUCAUAUGGGAGUCAUUGGGAUAAUUAGGUAAAAUAAAUGCACAUUAUUGGACAAUGAAAGUGUUUUUGGACCGUGCAUGCAUAUCAGCCUGUUGUUGGAGACCCCCAAAACCAAAAUAUGAUCCUUCUUAAUGCAUAAAUUAUUUGGUUAAAAAUAUCAUAACUGAAUCCACCCUUCGGAUGUUUUUUUUUUUUUUUAUCAAAUAGAUCCCAGUCUGAGUUCAAAAUUUUGAAUAACCCAAAAGGCAGGUUUGACCCAAAUCACAUCUAAAAUUGGAUUACAUAGCCUGACGUUCUGUUACUUUUGAAAAAGCCAUUUCCAAGAUUUGAUCCAAUCUGUGAUCCAAAAUCUCACUUCAUUACUUUUGAAAAACUGGGCCCUGUACAUUGUACAUGUUAGUGAAUUAGUAGAUGUAACAUCAAUGGUUAAAAUAUCUGAUUAAAUAGUUUUUUUUUUCCAAAAAAGAGUGGUUAUGGGGAAAAACUGAGGCAAGUUGAGCAUGAAAAAUGCAAUUCAAAUACCAAAUGGUAUAAAGGUGUUCUUACAACAGCAUUUAAUAGGAGAUAAAAAUGGCUCAUCUUACCUCAUGCCUUUGUUUUCUGUCUUAAACUAAUAAAAUACACAAAAACUUUUAUAAGUUACAAGUAUUCACCUAGUGCUCACUUGAAGUGAGAAUGAUCAACAGUAUUUAGAUAUGGCUUUUAAAAAUAUACAGUAUGCCAUAAAGCUCAUAAAAUGGCAGUUUAAUAUAUUACAUAGCAAACGUUUCAUUUAUUUAUUUAUUUUGGGGGGUUGGGGUGGUAUAUUAUGGGGUAUUUUUCAUAUGCAUGGGUUGAGACAUGGUCUAAAACAGGGGUGUCCAAACUCGGUCCUGGAGGGCUGGUGUCCAGCUGAAAUUAGUUCCAGCUUGCUUGAACACACCUGCCAGGAAGUUUCUAGUGCAUCCGGAAAGUAUUUAUAGCGCUUCACUUUUUCCACAUUUUUUACAGUGCACCCGGAAAGUACUCAUAGCACUUCACUUUUUCCAUUUUUUUUAUGUUACAACCUUAUUCCAAAAUGAAUUAUAUUAAUUUAUUUCCUCAAAAUUCUAGCAGCUUUUUCAGCAGCUUAAUUGGAAUUUACUUGUGGUAAAUUCAGUUGAUUGGACAUGAUUUGACAUGAUUGGACAUGAAGGCAUACACCUGUUAUAUAAGGUUUCAGGGUUGACGGUACGGGUCAAAGCACAAAUCAAGCAUGAAGACAAAGGAAUUGUCUGCUGCUCUGAAAGUUCCAAUGAGCACAGUGGCCUCCAUCAUCCGUAAGUGGAAGAUGUUUGGAACCACCAGAAUACUUCCUAGAGCUGGCUGGCCAUCUAAGCUGAGUGAUUGGGGGAGAAGGGCUUAGUCAGGGACUAAGCUCCAGCGUUCUUCUGUGGAGAGAGGAGAACCUUACAGAAGGGCAACCAUCUGAGCAGCAAUCCACCAGUCAGGCUUGUAUGGUAGAGUGGCCAGACGGAAGCCACUCCCCACCUGGAAUUUGCCAAAAGGCAUCUGAAGGACUCUCAGACCAUGAGAAACAAAAUUCUCUGGUCUGAUGAGACUAAAAUUGAACUCUUUGGAGUGUGAAUGCCAGGUGUUACCUUUGGAGAAAACCAGGCGCCACUCAUCACCAGGCUAAUACCAUCCCUACAGUGAAGCAUGGUGGUGGCGAAAUCAUGCUGUGGGGACGUUUUUCAGCAGCAGGAACAGAAAGACUAGUCAGGAGAGAGAGAAAGAUGAGUGCAGCAAUGUACAGAGACAUCCUGAAUGAAAACCUGCUUCAGAAUUCUCUUGACCUCAGACUGGGGUGACGGUUCAUCUUCCAGCCGGACAAUGACCCAAAGCACACCAGCAAAAUAUCAAUGGAGUGGCUUCACAAGAACUCUGUGAAUGUCCUUUAGUGGCCCAGCCAGAGCCCAUAGCUAAGUCCUAUUGAACAUCUCUGGAGAGAUCUGAAAAUGGCUGUACACCGAUGCUUCCCACCCAACGUGAUAAAGCUUGAGAGGUACUGCAAAGAGAAAUGGGGAAAAAUUAACAAAGUCAGGUGUGCCAACCUUGUGGCAUCAUAUUCAAAAAGACUUAAGGCUGUAAUUGCUACCAAAGGUGCAUCAACAAAGUAUUGAGCAAAGACUGUAAAUACUUAUGCACAUGUGAUUUAUCAGUUUUUUUUCUUUUAAUAAAUUUGCAACAAUUUCAAAAAAUCUUUUUUCACAUUGUCAUCAGGGGGUAUUGUGUGUAGAAUUUUGAAGAAAUAAAUGAAUUUAGUCCGUUUUGGAAUAAGGCGGUAACAUAAAAAAAUGUGGAAAAAGUGAAGCGCUAUGAAUACUUUCCGUAUACACUGCAGUAAGAGCUUGAUUAGCUGGGUAAAGUGUGUUUGAUUAGGGUUGGAGCUAAACUCUCCAGGACAACAGCCCUCCAGGACAGAGUUUGAAUAACCCUGGUUUAAAAUGUUUCAAACAUUCCUUUCUGUCAAAAAUAACCAAUGAAUGGCAAAGACCAGACAACUGUACACCAGCAGAAUGCAAUUUUAUUUCGUGGUUUGAUUUUUUUCGGUGAAACAUUUCCAUCAGUAAUUGCAUGAAUGCAAGUAGAACCAAGCUACUGUUUUAAUCUGUGUUGAAUAUUGACAGAACUGCUUAUUAAAGCAUUCGUUUGAUCACUGCAUGGGUACACUUAUAUGUUGCAUUGUUGUUGGUACAGGAUUGUUUUCCCCCCACUUUUAAUUCUUCUUGACUUCUGUUCUGUUGUGAUUUGUAUCAGUAUCUUCUGUCUUCUGCCACCCUAUUGGUGAUUGUUGCAUCAUUGUAUACAAAGUCACAUUGGCUCUUGCAUGACAGUAAGUAAAUCUGUCCUUCUACUGCACAUUACAAUCUUUAUCAGCAGGAGUGUUGUGAAUCUAUUGAAUAUCUUAAAAAAAUACAUUCCUAACUUCAAUUUUAUGCAGUUGUUCUUUUCAAAGGAAAUCCACUCCAGGAACAUUUCUAUUGUAAAUAUAUAUAUUGUGUGUUUAUAUGUGAUAGCAUGUACAUACAAGACUUCCUGCAAUAAA